AUGUCGAAGCAGUUCAAGCACACUACGCAGGAGAGGAGAUCGUCAGUGAUAUACUCCAAUAGUAAUGGUAAAGCAGGGCUUUUCUCUCCACAGGAUUACAUACCUGGAGACAAGGCACAGACGUUUUUGGAGAGUGAUUUAGACGAAGAGUCUCUCUUGGCAACUAAUAACUCUCGUACUUUGCAACAAGAGUACGGCUCUACUGAGGAAACCGACCAUAAUAACAGAGGUAGCACUGGGAAUUUGGAAUUGAGGUCUUCUUUGCCAAAAAAUUUGAUUCAAGAAGAACGGGAUUUGCUAGUCGACAACAAGCUGUACGACACAACACACGAGCAUGAGACCAGGGAAUCUACGGCCUAUAAUUCAUUAACAGGAAAUACACCAUCGUUCGAAGACGACAGGGAGGUCAUAGAAACGUGGGAAGACGCAAUCGAAUCCGGGAAACAGAUUACUACGACUUAUAAAAGGGAGGCUUCUGUCAUUACGACCAAUGCAUUGCCGCUAGUUGUCACAUUCGUGUUGCAGAAUUCGCUUUCUUUAGCAUCCAUUUUCUCUGUGUCGCACUUGGGUAGUAAUGAGCUAGGCGCUGUUACUUUGGGAUCCAUGACAGCAAAUAUUACAGGGUUUGCGGCUAUCCAAGGUCUUUGUACUUGUUUAGAUACAUUAUGCGCCCAAGCAUAUGGCGCCAAUCGUUACCAUCUUGUAGGUGUUUUGUUCCAGAGAUGUGCUAUUAUUACUAUAUUGCUAUCCAUUCCAAUUCUAUUCGUGUGGUGGCAGUGGUCUGAACAGGUACUCUCACUAUUUAUCCCAGAAAGAGAACUUUGUGCAUUGGCUGCUAAAUAUUUACAAGUCGUGUCUUUAGGUAUUCCUGGCUUCAUAUUAUUUGAGUGCGGUAAGAGAUUUUUACAGUGUCAAGGGAUUUUCCACGCCUCCAGUAUUGUAUUGCUGGUCUGCGCUCCGCUAAACGCCAUCAUGAACUAUCUAUUGGUAUGGGAUAAAAAUAUAGGUAUUGGAUACCUAGGUGCACCAAUAAGUGUGGUGCUCAAUUAUUGGUUAAUGACGUUAGGCUUGUUUGCAUAUACUUACUUCACAAGAAACGAAAUCAAUCCAAUGAAAUGUUGGGGCGGUCUAAUUAAGCCUCAUCAAAUUUUCAAAAACUUCAAAAAAAUGUUCAGUUUAGCAUUGCCCGGUAUAAUAAUGGUGGAGGCAGAAUUCCUAGGGUUCGAAAUUCUAACUGUGUUUGCAUCUCAUUUAGGCACAAAUGAAUUAGCUGCCCAAUCAAUUAUUUCUACUGUCGCAUCCCUAGCAUACCAAAUUCCAUUUGCAAUUUCCAUUUCUACGUCUACCAGAGUAGCAAACUUUGUGGGUGCGUCUUUGUACAAAAGCUGUGUGAUUACAUGCAAGAUUUCGUUAUUACUUUCGUUUAUCAUAAGUUCGUUGAAUAUGGCAUUAAUCUACAAGGCUAGAUACGUUAUAGCAAAUCUCUUCUCUUCGGACGUGAAAGUCGUUAACUUGGUCACAGGCGCGCUCCCAAUAUUAGCUUUCAUGCAAAUAUUUGACGCCUUCAAUGCAUCCACGGCCGGUUGCCUAAGAGGUCAAGGCCAACAAAAAAUCGGUGGUAUAAUCAAUGUUUUCGCCUUCUACUGUAUCGGUAUACCAAUGUCGUACACACUUACAUUCUAUUGCAACUUAGGCGUCAAAGGUCUAUGGUUGGGUAUAACAUCUGCUUUAGUAGUAAUGAGUGUGUGUCAGAGUUACGCUGUCUUCCAUUGCAACUGGAAAGACAUCAUUCGUGCUGCUAAAUCCCGUAACAGCGAAGGAACUGCAGUUUGA